AUGCGUGCAUCGCUCAUCGUCGCUCUUCUCCUCAUCGGAGCAUAUUUCACUGCCGGUCACCCGUCUAACCCGCUUCGUGCGAAACGAGACACCGAUUUGGUCGGCGACGACUUCAGCGGUGACGAUGCGUCUGGAGACGCUUCUGGAGACGCUUCUGGAGAGGGAUCGGGAUCCGGUGAUGGCUCCGGUGAUGGCUCUGGAGAGGGAUCCGGUGAAGAGACGUCACCAAUUGUGCCGAUCGAUCAAGUCACACUUCUUCAACUCGAAACGUUGAAUAACUAUGCUCAACAGGUGCAAGCCGACGCUCAGAAGUUGAUUCAUCAGGCUAAUUUUGUGAUUACUGAGAUGACUGCUCUCUCUGCGAACGCUCAAAACCUGGGAGCCCUGUCGAACAUUGUUCUUGCCAACUCUCAACUCGUUCUCGACAGUGCUCGUCUCUCUUUGAAUGAGACUGAAUCCAACGACGGAACCAACUCGACGACUACCUCCUCCCCAUCCACCUGUACCACCUCUGCCGUCUGCUAUUCUGAUGAUGGAUGUGGAAGUGGAAAGUGUAUCGGAGCAUUGGCCGGAACUUGUAAUUGCAACUCUUGCGUCUAUGGAUGGCCAUGCCAAGAGGACAGCGCAUGCGGAGGCUUCGUCGGCGCCUGUAACUCUCUCACCGCCACUUGCGACUGCUUCGCCGCCUACUCGAAACACAACAUGACACUCAACGACGCGUUGACUCAAUUCUGCAACGUCGAGAAGUGUAACGGAGCCGUCGAUAACGUCGAGAACUGCCACGGUCUCCCAUGCAACUACGGAUUCUGUGUCUGCUAG